AUGUAUGCAAAGUGUGGAAAUGUGUUGAGUGGGAGGUUGGUUUUUGCAGAGAUGGGAGAAAGAGAUUUGUUUACUUGGAAUUCAAUGAUUUCUGGGUACAUUAGUAAUGGGUUGCUAGAUUCAGCUGUGCAGCUUUUUGGUGACAUGAAGCGGGUGGGAGUUCGUGCUGAUGCUCUCACAUUUACUUCGGUUCUAUCAGCCUGUCAUCAUUCAGGCCUUGUAGAAGAGGGCAUUAAACUCUUCGAGAGCAUGACCGGAGAAUAUGGAUUUGUCCCCACAAUGGAACAUUACUCAUGUAUUGUCAACAUGCUAGCACGUGUAGGUAGGCUAGAAGCUGCCAUCAAUUUCAUUCAUCAAAUGCCCCUGGAGCCUGAUAAGUCUGUUUGGGGGGCCUUACUGGCAGCCUGCCUUGACCAGCAAAAUGUAGAAGUUGGAAAGCUUGCUGCUGAGAAGUUAAUCCACCUGGAACCCGAACGUGCAGGACAUUAUGUGGCUUUGUCUAAUAUAUACGCAGAAGCUGGUAGAUGGGAUGAUGCUGUAAAGGCAAGAAAGGAAAUGGAACGCAGAGGGUCGGUUAAGCCCUCGGGGCAGAGUUGGAUAACUUUCGGGAACUGAAGUUAACUUCAGUGAUUGGUUAUCCGUGACAGCUUGACCACAAUUCAUGGAGGAAAUUCUGUUUCUGCUGCAGCUUUUCCAUGAAAUGAAAACGCAAUGAAGUGUAUUAAGCUGUUAUCCAAGAAUAUCCUGCCACAUCAGGUAAUGAGGUUCUUGAAAUAUUGACGGCUGUUAUAAUAUACUUCAUUUAAGGGCUUUCGGACAAGCUCCCUUCCGAUCAGCACAAGACUGUUGCUGCUAUGGGUUCAUUGAAAGACUUGGAACAAGCGAAGGAUGGUAGAAAACUGCUUGCAGAACAAGAUGUAUCCCGUGCACACUAGAAUGGUGCAGUUCGUAUGUUUAUGCUGGGAUUCCUCAGUUCAUGUGAUGAAGGAACACCUCAAAAGAAAAUCCAGCACUGAAGGAGAACAGGGACAUAUUUCUUUCUGAAGUAUGCUGCCUGUGUCCUACAAGCAGUAGGAGACAGAUCGCUGCAAAAGAGAGAUUAGUGGUAGAAUGAUAAUGUAGAGGAAGGUAUAGCAGUAUCAUAAAGAGAACAAUUGAAGAAAACGCAACAGCAAGCUAGGGGAAUCUGGACUCUCUGAACUGCUGAUUUCGUCGAAUUUUUAUGACCAAAUUCGCCUGCAACAUUGGAUCCCAUGCUCAAGCCAUGUCACAAAACAGCUAUUCCCAAAUACUUGUUGAUCCAGUCUUCCACUUGAUGUUGCAAACACGAAACUCAAGCUAGAAUACAGAACAGCAAUUCUCAAAUACUUGUUGAUUUUGCUCCUUUUGGGUCCUUGAGAAAUUUAUGUUGACAGAUUAUGUUAAUGUACACAAGCACGCAACAGAAGCCAUAAUUAGGUACCAUGUCCAAGCAAAUCCAUCAACUUCCUUCUUCAAUUCCAUCCCAAUGGUACAAUAAUAGUAAAUCGAAAUGAGAAACAGUUAGCCUAACCGAUCAUGAGCUAAUGACUAUGAAUUUCCUACUAAAAUACCUAGAAGAAAAUGCCAAAAGAAAGCAAAUAAAUACCACCCUACCCCAAUACCAAGGUCUGUGAAAAUUUGAUGCGACAACCAUAGAGAAGUAUCCUAGUCCUAGAACUCCAUUUUCAAGGCAGGAUUCGAAAGAUCCGACACCACCAAGCUGUCUAAUCCUGCGAAAUCUUCCGGCAACCCAUGCUGCAACCAAUCCUUAGUACACACAAGCGCCUCCAAAGUCUCUGACCUUGCAUGCGGGCUCAGCUCCCUUGGCCUGGUACUGUACACCAAUUCGGGCGAGGCAGUUGACACAGGUAUGCUCAAGAUAUCCCUCGCCAUCUUCGACAGCGUCGGGUACUUCGACCUUUUCUGUUUCCACCAUUCCAGCAGGUCGAAAUUGGAGCUCCGCCCCUCGAGGUUCUCGUCCAGAUACUGGUCCAUCUCCGACUUCAACUGAUGGCUUGUCGUCUCCAUGAUGUACAUAUCAAAAUCUGCCAGCCCGUAUUCAGAAAGAUUGCCUCCCUGGUUUUGCUCGUCCGCUCGAUCAACAUUCCCAUGAUCGACACUGUAAGCUGGCGAUGGUGGUAGAGGAAGCGUUAGGUAUUCGUCGAAGAGCUCGUGGAGCCCAUCAUCCACCAUCUUAACGUAGAGAGGAGACUCCUCUCCGAAGAGUUUGGAGAAGCUGAAUUCCACGAGCUUCAUUUUGAAGCGUGGAUCCAUGACUACA